GAGGUGGCUCCUACUCCAUCAGUCAGUCAGUCAGUGCAAAGUGGCUCCCUUCCUGCUGCCUUCCUUCGGCGCUCGCCCCGCUUUGCUCUGCCCGCCGCACCGGGCACCCCUUUCCCCCCUUCCCCUGGCUUCCCCGGCAGCCGGAAGGGAACGAGCCCGGGGGUAGGGCCGCGGCUGGGCCGGGCCGGGCCCUGAAGCGAAGAGAGACAGAGACAGAGAGAGCGCGAGGGAGGCGGAAAGACAGACAGGCUCAUGCUGCUAUAUAAGAAAUUAGGAAACUUUGAAUGCAAAAUAAAAAUCAAGAAGCAAAAAUGUAAUAGAAGAACCAAGUAUCCAGGAGAAACCAUUUGCUUGCUGUAUUAUGCCUGCAGACAAAGUAAUGUACAGUGAAGAUGGAAAACACAGCUUACAAAAACUGACUUUUGCCUAUAAGGUGACUGGUGAGACUUCAUGACCCUUCUUUAGGAGGCAGAUUCUGCGAGGAUGUUACAUCACCAUUGUCGGAGGAACCCUGAGCUACAGGAAGAGUUGCAGAUUCAGGCGGCAGUGGCCGCUGGGGAUGUCCACACGGUGCGCAAAAUGUUAGAGCAGGGCUACUCUCCAAAUGGCCGAGAUGCUAAUGGCUGGACCUUGCUCCAUUUCUCAGCGGCAAGAGGGAAGGAAAGAUGUGUUCGUGUAUUUCUUGAACAUGGAGCGGAUCCUACAGUGAAAGACCUGAUUGGCGGCUUCACUGCUCUACACUAUGCAGCUAUGCACGGCCGAGCCCGGAUUGCACGCCUCAUGCUGGAAUCAGACUAUCGUGUCGAUAUUAUUAACGCAAAGAGCAACGAUGGUUGGACUCCCCUUCAUGUGGCGGCUCAUUAUGGAAGAGACUCCUUUGUCCGACUCUUGCUGGAGUUCAAGGCUGAAGUUGAUCCGCUUAGCGACAAGGGAACCACACCACUUCAGCUCGCCAUUAUCCGCGAACGGUCCAGUUGUGUCAAAAUCCUCCUCGAUCACAACGCCAACAUUGACAUUCAGAAUGGCUUCCUGUUACGCUAUGCCGUGAUCAAAAGCAAUCACACUUAUUGCCGGAUGUUCCUCCAGAGAGGAGCGGAUACGAACUUGGGGCGUUUAGAAGACGGACAGACGCCGUUGCACUUGUCUGCUCUUAGGGACGACGUCCUCUGCGCGCAGAUGUUGUACAAUUACGGGGCGGAUACCAACACAAGGAACUAUGAAGGACAGACUCCCUUGGCGGUUUCAAUCAGUAUAUCUGGAAGUAGCCGGCCUUGUUUGGAUUUCUUGCAGGAAGUAACAAGGCAGCCUCGGAACUUGCAAGAUCUCUGUCGAAUUAAAAUCCGCCAGUGUAUAGGCCUUCAAAACCUCAGACUUCUUGACGAACUACCAAUUGCCAAGGUCAUGAAAGACUACUUAAAACACAAAUUUGAUGAUAUCUGACCAUUUGCAAGAUUUGGACAAUAAGCAGGAUUAGUUUGUAUUCCAGAUACCUUUCAAAGGCUGGUCACCUUGCACAACGUAUAUCCUAUGCAAUUUCUGAUUUUUUUUUUUUUUUCCCCCUGAGAAGUCAGAAGGCAGGUAUACAAUUCCUUUUGGGUGGGGCAGGCGGGUGGGUGGAGGGGCCUGUUUUAUACCAAAUGCUAGAAGGUCUUAAUUUGGGGGGGGGGUUGUUUUUUGUUUUGUUUUGAAUUCUUGGUCCAAGUUUACAAGAUUCAAGCUUUGUAUACGACGUUACAAAUAAGGGGUUGGGUUUUAUUUUGCAGGGGGGGACACGUGGUUUUUUGUUUUUGUUUUAGCAUCACUUUUAAGAAUGAAGAAAGAACAUUGCUUGCUCAGAGGAAGUCUUCCCCAUCCCUGUAUAGCAUGUGUAAUAUUUGCGAAGUGCUGAAUGAAUUCUAAACCAAAUAAGGAUCAGGCUUAAGAGCACCAUCUACGUGGUAUUGCGAUUGUAUUUCUCUUAUUGGUAGAGAACCCUAGGCAGAUCCUGCUGCAAAGAACAGUUUCUGUAGCAACACUGAUUGGUGGAUUAAGCCCUCUAGCACUAUUUCCACACACAGACACAUACACACACACACACACACACACACACACAGAGAGAGAGAGAGAAGACCAAUAUGGCACCUAUUUUACGCUUCAUUAGUGUUGACAAUUGAUUGGAUUCCACAUGGACGUAAUUUUCUGCCCACAGGGUUGUUUUUUGUUUUUUAUUUUCAGAAUCAUGGCUCAGGCAUGUAAGUAGAGUGUUGAAAACAUUGCCACCUUCAUUUUUUUUUUUUUAAAAAAAAUUCAAGUUAGAUCUUUUGCAUAAUUAUUGUACUUCUUACUCUUCCUUUCAUGCCAGUAUUGAGUGGACUGCUGUUUUUAAUUAGGUUUUACACUGCUCAGAUACCGUUUAGGUCUCUGUGCAUUACAAAAACAUUAACAGAAAACAAAUUUAAUUUCCAAGAUGACAUAUCCUGUUUCCAUAUAGUGCCUCAAGUGCAAUAUAAUCUAUCUGUCUUAUUUUUAUUUCCUUUAUCACACAUGUGACUUUCACACAUUCCUAUCCUGACCUCAAUGUGAUGUUUGUUACUAUUGGAAUUGCUGCUUUAUAAGGGGUUUUCUUUUCUUUUUUCUUUCUUUUUGUUUGUUUGUUAUCCCCACCUUCGUUUCAAAGACAUCCAGUUUCAAAUGCCGCAGCUCACAUUUGAGCUGUCAUUUUUGUUUUUUUCAUACAACAGGCUAAUUUAUGGUUUUCUCAGAUCACAAUCCAAGCUAGCAGUUUGUUUUUAAUUUUUUUUUUAAACAGGAUCCAUAAUUUGUUUCUCUGACAUACUUCCAGCUGCUUUGACGCUAAACAGAGCCUUAGGCUAUUGCAAACCUCUCCUUAACUUAUUCAGGACAUGUGAAAAUCAUUCACAAUUCAAAAUACCUGCAAAUUGUGAACUAUACAUGCACCGAUCUCUGAACUAUCAACCGGAAGCUCUGUAAAACUCAGUUGAUAGUCAGCCUGUGAACUCUGUGCGUAUAUUUCACUUUUCGUAGGUAGGUUGAACCUCAAGUGGUUGACUAUAUAUUCAGUACACAGCUAACAUCACCGCUGUGCCCUUUCUGAAGACCAUAUUCUCUCUGCUAGGAAAGCAAUUCCUUAAUAUGGCUACAGCCAAUUUCUUGAUAGCUUGAAACUAAUCCUUGAUUACAGCUGAGUUCUCAAUAUCGGCUCCCGCGGAUGUCUUAGAUCAGUGGUUCUCAACCUUUUUAAUGCCGCGACUCCAGCGGUCGUAAGUCGAGGACUACUCAACUGGUGCAGCACCAUUUGCAGAAUGGGACUUUUGGCGGGCUCAGCAGGGCAGAGAC